AUGGCUUCCCCAAGCCACCAGCAGGACGCUGCUGCUGCUGCCGCGGCCGCCGCUGCCGCUGCCGCCUGGCCCAUACCCCUCGACAUGGCCGGACCCAGCAAUUCGCAGCACAGUAGCUCGACCACAGCCUCCUCGCCAAACGAGUCACAUCAGACACACUCGCCUGUCCACUCGCCUUCAGCACACUCCAGCCCGCUGCAGCAGUUUCAGCACUCGCCAUACCAGUCUGCUGCGGCUAGCACACAUACGCAAUCGCCCCCGCUGCUCACAGAUUGGAGCUUGCUACAGCACCAGCAGCAGCACCCCCCCAUCCAGGACCUCUCUCAGUUUAUCCAGGAUAGUUCGCUGGUGGCGUACAACCCAUUCACCACGGCCGGGUUCCCCACUGCUCUCGACUACAUGCCGUCGGCAGCCCAGGGCCUUCAGUUGGAGCAGGCCUUCAACAACGCCAUGGCUCCCAUGGACGAGACAACACAGGCAAUGCAGAACCAGUGGGAAGGCAUGAGCAUGGCGAACUGGCAGGAUUUCGGCGCCUCACUGCAGUUUCCCCAGGACGGGCUUCCCCGCUUCGGCAGCCUGGGAAGUCAAUCCCCUACAGGCACAUACCUCGAGGUUCUCUCAAUACCUGGUUCGGACAACAACAGUGACCACCAGUGGACCCAUGUCAACAUGUUCCACAGCUAUGAAGCAUACCAGCAAGCUCAGGCCUCGAACCAGGCCCAGAACGCCCCUGCCAUCUUCAACCCAAGCCAGACCCUCCACCUCCGCACGAAUUCCGACGCGUCCCAAUCAGAUGGCAAUGCUCAGCACCUCGACUUUAGCAGUAGUUGGGAGGAGGUCUCACCUUUCCAGUACUCGCCAUUCUCUCCUGGUUCUGACACCUACUCUGACCACCGGAACUGCUACCACGGCGAGAGCAGCCACUCCCACGAGAUCGUCAGCCCUAACACCCAGAUCGCACCCAUGCCGAUCAAGUCUCAAGCGCCUUCCUCUCCAAUUGCUCGCACUAGCCCCGCCAGCGGGUCCGGCAUGUCUUCGCCGUCCACCAGCAGCAACCGCAGGAACUCCGCCCCUAAGAAGAGUCCUACUGGCGUAACCAAGGCUACGACCAAGACUGUCGUUCGGAGAAUUUCGAAUGGCAAGAAGGAUGGCACCGGUGAGAAGAAGGUUGGCCGCAGAAAGGGCCCGCUACUACCAGAGCAGCGAAAGCAAGCCAGCGAGAUCCGGAAGCUCAGGGCCUGUCUGCGUUGCAAGUUCCUCAAGAAGACUUGCGACAAGGGCGAGCCCUGCGGUGGUUGCCAGCCAUCUCACGCCAGACUUUGGCAGGUGCCUUGCACUCGCAUCGACAUCAAGGAUAUCGGCUACUUCAUGAAGGACUGGAAGGCUGAUUACGAGCGUCACCUGACCACGGGCGUCUCCGUCUACAACGUGAAGGGCUUCGCCACCAAGGAGACGCUCAUGUGGAUCACUCACGGCUAUGGCUUCUGCCUGCCCGUCAUGGUUCGCGAGGUCUUCGUCACAGACCCCAACUGCUUCCAGGUCGACUGGGUCGAGUCCUUCCAGCCCGCUCAGGAGCCUAUUGAGUUCGAGACUCGUACUGAGAAGCUUGACAUUGGAGAGGCUGGCAUCAACACUGAGGCCCUUGCUGAGUACCUUGACAAGCACGUCGACAAUGGCUUCGAGAACUUCAUCGACGACCACUUUGAAGGCACCCCAUUCAUCACUGAGAUCCUGAAGACCGCAUACCGUUUCUACACCAAGGAGAAGCUCCCCGUCAUCCGCAAGGCUCUCAAGCUCGUCCUCGCGUACAACCUGACUAUGCACAUCACGCUUGUUGAGCAACAAGGAGAUGAGCACCCCAUGGACGGCCAGAUUGACGAUGAGGAGUCCAAGUACUACGGCAAGUACGUCGCUCCGGUCAUGAUCAACUUCCAGAUCAAGUGUGCAAUGGCAGACAUGUGGCGUGAGCUUCAAAAGGAGAUCCUGGAGGAGCUGUCGGCUCUCUACUCCAGUGUGUACAGCGGCGACCGGUUGAAGAACUGGCCCACAAUCUUCAUGCUGGCGUCAAUUCUGCUCGCCGUCUGGGAAGAGAUGCAGUUCGAUUGCCACUACCGCGUACCUGAUCAGGUCGCCGUGGAGAAGUUCUGCUCCGACAUGGAGACAACACCUGUCGGCGUCAUCACUGGCCUCUUCCACGCCAUCUCCCAGAAGUUGCCUGCCCUUACCGACUGGGACAGCUCCCGCCACGGCCACCUCCUCAACAACAACCCGGCCGUGUGCGAAGCGCUCACUGAAGUGCGACAGCACGUCGUCAAGCACGAAUCCUACCUGCGUACACGCAACCAGGCCAAGUUUGACAGAUACGACUUUGAUUCGUUGUCGAACAAGUUCCUGUCGAAGUUGGUCAUCAAGUCGAACUAA